AUGUCUUUUGGAUUUGGUGUCGGUGACUUCCUCGCAGUGCUGGGACUUUUUGAGCGAAUCGCGAUCGAACUUAAGAAUUACCGCGAUGCUCCAGCACAGUUCCAAAAUCUUUCUGUCGAACUCGACUUGCUACAACGUACUCUCAUGCACGUGGUCCAAGCCCAAAAAGACGAUCAGGAAGACAAGCAGAUUCUCGAGCAGAUACGAGCCAUAGUCAGCCAUUGUCACCAGCCUUUGCAAGCCUUCAUUGACAAGCUACUAUCAAAAGAACGUUCCUUGGGCCACUAUCGGACUGCACGACUCAACGAUGUAGGGAUCCGUAUGAAAUGGUCUAUCGUCACGCAGAAAGAUGUCGAAGAAUUACGAAAAGUCAUACUGUCGGAAAUGGCUGCGAUUAAUAUGCUUCUGAGCGUGCAGCAGCUGACCAAUCUCAGAAGAUUAUCUGCUCGCUCAAUAGACUCUCGUCAAAGCUCCGACGCCAUUUUGGAUAGGACCUCCAUGAUCUUGGACCUGGUCCAUAAUCUGCCUGAUUCAAUCGCCAAUAUACAUCUGGAAAUCGCUCGGAACGGAGAACAACAGAUCACACGGGACACAAAGAUGACACAAAUAGUUGCAGGGCUAACAUCUCAGGUAACGGAAAUAUUUGUUCAGGGGAAAGAUAAGGAAGCGUACGAGAAGCUUCAGGAUGAUGCAUCUGACUUCCAAGCGAAUCUAUACCUUGGAUGGCAAGCGCUCAGUGAAGGGCGAAUUGAUGAAGCUACCCAUCGCCUGAGACGGGCGAUAGCGACAGAACCUAAAGAUUGGAUCCCUCACUAUCUUUUGGGGAGAGCCUUUAUAGCAAAAGGUCGUUUUGAGGAAUCAUAUGAUGCGCUACAACUUUGCGUUACAUAUAACGGCAUGAUUUCUGAUGUUUGGAUUACGAUUGGGGCACUUUACUUUAAGAUUAAUCAAUAUCGAGACAGUCUUGAUGCUCUAGCAAGAAGCAUCCGAUUGAAUCCGGAUACGUGGGAAUCAUGGUAUAAUCUCGGGGUUCUUUACGACAAUUGUAAUAACCAAAGUGACGAUGCACUAGACGCCAUGCAGAGAGCUUUAGAUCUGAAUCCAGCUCUCUCCAACGCGCAUAUCCGAAUGGAAAAGUUAAAAGCAGGGGUCCAUGGUACUAUGCUUACGGAAAUGGUGGAAUGUGGCUUGCUCCAGGCUUCAGACCCUAUACCUACAUACGUCGAAGAUAUGGGAAUCCAAAUCAAUCCUCUCAUUUCUAUUGAGCAUGACGAAGAAUGGGAUUCCGAAAGUAUCGAAGAGGAGGAUGUGGAUGAUAGAAGCUAUUAG